AUGACCAACGCAUCCGAAGCAAGUGCUGAGCACUUCGUAGCCAAUUUCCUUCACCUUUAUCAAGGCCCUUCCGUCAAACUUCGAAUACAGCCUAGCAACAAGGAAUAUGUAAUUUCCAAAAGCCUUCUCUGCGCGGAAUCGCCGGUCUUCUCAAAAAUGUUCAACAGUGAAUUUCUAGAGUCACAGCAGCAGACAGCCACUCUAGAAGAGACCGAGGACGAUGUCUCGGUGCGUAGCCUUGAAGCACUCUUUCAAUGGCUAUACCAACGCACUGUCAGAUUUGGGAUAGAAGACCCAGGAGAGCAUAUUUCGGCCGCCAUGGAGCUCGCAAGGCUUGCAGACAAGUACGAUAUAAUUGAGUUGGAAACUACAAUGGCCCAAUACAUCAAGAACAUCUUAAAAUACAACCCUCAUCCACAAAACAACAUUUCUUGGCGACAUGUUGAUAGCAACACUUAUUAUCUCACACAUGAUCACAUUGCCUCGGCAAGCUUGUUGCCUCAAGGGCAUCCAGUGCGAAGUGUUCUGGCUGCAGCAUCCGUUGAAGGCUUCCUUCGAAGCGCAAAGCAUAAGUUCAGCGAAGAGGUUCACGCCUACCCUUCUUUCGGAGCUGAUCUUCUCCAAGAAACUAGGCUUGUCCUACAUAGGGUGGAGCCCCUUCGGGCUGCCACUUUUGAAGACCCUAUUAGCGGAAAAAGAUCAGAGCUAAACUCGAACGUAUUUAACUGGGAGUAA